ACUCUGCCCCACCCGGCCUGCAGCGGCAUGGCUCCGCUGCGCUUUUCAGCUAAUCUGUCAUGGUUGUUCCCGGAGCUCCCCAGCCUUCCCGCGCGGCUGCGGGCCGCGGGCCGCUCGGGCUUCGAAGCCGCCGAGGUGGCCUGGCCAUACGCCGAGCCGCCCGAGGCGCUGGCGCGCGCGGCGCAGGACGCGGGGCUGCGGCUGGUGCUGAUCAACACGCCCCGUGGUGCGUUGCGGGCCCCGGGCCCCGUCUAAGCAGGGCGCGCUGCUCGGGCCGCGGGGUGCCGGAGCCUGCACUGACGCCAGUUCACUCUGCAGGAGACCAAGAGAAGGGGGAAAUGGGCUUGGCGGCCGUCCCUGGGAGACAGGCGGCCUUCCGAGAGGGGCUGGAGCAGGCUGUGCUGUACGCCAAGGCUCUGGGCUGUCCCAGGAUCCACCUGAUGGCUGGCCGAGUACCCCAGGGGGCUGACCGAGCAGCAGUCAGAGGUGAGAUGGAGACAGUUUUUCUGGAGAACCUGAAGUAUGCAGCUGGAGUUUUGGCUCAGGAGAACCUCGUGGGAAUGCUGGAACCCAUUAACACCCGGAUCACGGACCCCCAGUACUUCCUGGAUACACCCCAGCAGGCUGCAGCCAUUUUACAGAAGGUUGGAAGACCCAACCUCCAAUUGCAAAUGGACAUAUUCCACUGGCAGAUCAUGGAUGGGAACCUGACUGGAAACAUCAGGGAGUUCCUGCCCAUCGUUGGGCAUGUACAGGUGGCACAGGUUCCAGGACGAGGGGAGCCAGGCAGCUCAGGAGAGCUGGACUUCUCAUACCUGUUCCAGCUGCUGGAAGACGAAGGCUAUGAAGGCUUCGUGGGUUGCGAGUAUAAGCCUCAAGGAGAUACGAUAGCGGGUCUAAGUUGGCUACGUUCAUAUUGGGAUAGGCGGGGCCACCCACAGGAUGGCCGAUGAGGACCUUCAUACCACCUCUAUGCUUCUCUGGGACAAUGAGCAAG